AUGGGUUCCUAUUUUUCACGACCAGAGACGAUGCCGGCAGAAGAACCGGAGACGGCUCGUACUGGUGAAAAGCGCAAAUCAACUUCCAACAAUGCGUCUUCAUCCGCAUCCAAGCGCAACAAAACCACCAAGCAACGCCGCGAUCACUUUCGAAAGAACCAAUCGUGGGAGAGCAGAGGGGAUAAUCGGCCUGAAAGAGAUGGUCCCAAGGAAGCACGUAUACCCAAGAAAAAGGUGGCCUUGCUUAUUGGAUUCAACGGUACUGGUUACCAGGGCAUGCAAAUGAACCCAAAUGCCAAAUCGAUUGAAGAUGAUGUAUUCAAAGCAUUAUGCAAGGCGGGUGCCAUUUCCAAAGACAACUCGGAUGAUCCUAAAAAGGUGCAAUGGAUGAGAGCUGCUAGGACAGACAAGGGUGUGCAUGCUGCAGGCAACGUGCUUUCUUUGAAAAUGUCAAUGCCUGGUGACGAUAUCAUUCGAGACAUCAAUUCUCAUUUGCCGGAUCAGAUCCGUGUUUGGGGUUAUGUGCCUACAAAGCGAUCUUUUCAUGCAAAGACCCAAUGUGAUUCACGUGUUUACGAAUAUCUCUUGCCAACUUACGCAUUCAUGCCACCAUCACCAAGGGAACUUUGCGACACCCCUCGUUCCGAAAACGACUUGAAGAUCUUCCAAAAUGACGUUGAAAAGUAUAUUGCACGCAGCACCCCUGAAGAACUUCGUGCCAAAGACAGCUAUCGAAUCAGUGAGCAACAACUCGCUCAAUUCCGUGAGGCUCUCAGCAAGUUUGUUGGCACACACAAUUUCCACAACUACACCAUCGGUCGUGGUGCCAAGGAUAGAAGCUGCAAUCGAUACAUUAUGGAACUCAAGGUGGAGGAUCCCAUCUACAUUAAUGGUGCCGAAUGGUUGAGUGUCAAGCUUCAUGGACAAUCCUUUAUGUUGCAUCAGAUCCGCAAGAUGAUUUCUAUGGCUCUUUUAAUUGUACGCAGUGAAUCAGCAAUGUCGUUGAUCGACAAGUCGUUUGAAGAAACCAGAAUCAAUAUUCCCAAAGCACCUGCUGUUGGUCUUUUGCUUGAACGCCCAGUGUAUUCUGCUUACAACAAACACACCGAACGUGAUCCUAUUGACUUUGAUGCGUACAAGGAUACCAUUGAAGAGUUUAAGCAAACAUGGAUCUACAAGAAGAUUUUUGAGGAAGAAAGGGAGAAUGGAAUCUUUGACGUUUUCCUUGCAUCCGUGGAUUCCAAUCCUGGACCUGAAUUUAGCUACCUUAAUGCCGAAGGAGUGAUUCCCGAGGAUGCUAUUGUCCACACCAAACAUAAUACACCCAAGAAAGAGGAAGUUGUAGAGGAUGAAGAUUAA